UAUUCCUGCCUUUUAGUGGCUCUUUUCUUGUUACUUUGCUGAAAAUUCUCGUUACUUUCAUGCAUCCAUCCCUCUCCUCCUCUUCUUUUGGAUCCCACAAACCUCCCAUAUAGCCUAUUGCAUUAUUUCCGUUGGAUUUUUUUAUUGCUUUUAGACAAAUUUGAAACCCUGAUCAAGUGGAAUCUUGACAACAACACUUGGAAUUUAGAACCCAAAAUCUUUAUUUUCAUCUUCUGUUUUCCCUCGUUGGGUAUCGAUCGGUGCGCAUUCAACAACUGGAUGUAGUGGGUUGAUUUUAUAUAUUAUUUUCAAGAAACCUACCUGUACACAUGGUUAAAAUGGCUUCUUUAAAGAAUGGGGUUCUCUUGAAGCUUCUUGAGGACAUGAAAAUGGAAGACAUUGCGUUGGAUGAUGAUCCGAAGCCGGUGUUGUUGCAAAUCAGGAGCAUAAUCCCUGUACUGGAAGAAGGUGAUUUAUGGCCUAACAGAGGAUUUUUCCUCAAGGUUUCUGAUUUGUCGCAUGCAUUCUAUGUUUCCCUGACUGAUCAACAGAAUGAGAUGAUUCUUGGGAACAAAUUGAAACUCGGGCAGUUUAUAUAUGUAGAGAAAUUGGAGAAGGCAGAGCCUGCUCCAUUGAUGAAAGGGGUGACACCGGUUCCAGGCUGGCGCCCCUGUGAAGGAACUCCUGUAGAUAUUAUUCCACCACCGAAUUUGGUGAAGCUUCUUGAAGCAUCUGGGGUUGAUUCAGUUGUUGAGAAAGGUGUGAUCUUGGAGAAAAAGAUUUCAAAGCCUCAAUCCAUUUCAAGAAAGUUGAUCCGGGGCACUUCUGGUUCUGAAUCAUCUAUUAAAAGAAAUGAAAGAUUGAAGGGUGGGUAUGAGGGGAGGCGUCGCUCUUUGAGCGCCUCAAAACCUCGUCGGAGCGAAGUCAGUUUUGCGUUAAAAGCAGAAGAUUUUGAGAAAGUCAGUUCACCUGAUGAACGUAGGCUGAGCUCUGUUGAUAAUGAUAGUGAUGGAGAUAGUGUGAUAUUGUCGUCCUCAUCAGCACAAAUGGCAAAGAGAAGAAGCUGGACCGAGUCAGAAAUUAUGGGAGUCAAGGAAAUUUUUGAUUCUUCAGUAGUCAAUCAUGAAAUUAAGCUGCCACCUCGGAGCCGUAGUGCAAAUGUUUCACCUAUUCGUUCUGUUGGGUACGACAGCUCUGAUGAUAAUUCGAGUUCAACAACAACAAGAAGGGCUUCAUCAGUGGGUUCAGCAAAGAGAUUAACCAAGAAUUCCAGCAAAAGCCAAACGCCUGCAACGAAGAUCAAUAAUGUGCAGAUACCGAAUUCAUUAUGCAGUUUACACGAAAGAAAAGGGGCAGAAACUGGAAUAUCAUGGAACUCCCUUCCACCAAAUUUAGUGAAGUUUGGCAAGGAGGUCAUAAGGCAAAGAGACAUUGCUCUGUCUGCUGCUGCUGAUGCUCUCCAAGAGGCUUGUGCUUCAGAAAGAUUGCUCAGCUCCUUAAGUACAUUGUCACAGUUUCCCCUGGGCGAAGGAGAAGAUCUUCAGCCAUAUGUCGAUAAGUUUUUUGAACUUCAACACGACUUAGCUCGUACUAGAUUGAUAAUGCAGUCUCUGACAAGCAUAAGUCCACUUAGAACCCAAGAAAGCGUUUCCUGCACCACCAAUUCUGUCAAGGAAACACUGACUGUCGCCCUUGAAAGAAAGAGAAAUGCAGUUGCAUGGAUAAAAUCUGCUGUGGCUGUUGAUCUUUCCCCGUCCUCCGCUCCAAAUUUUCCCUCAACUAAUUCCAUGGAAACCACAAACAGCCUGAAGAAAACCAGCCCAUCAAGCCGUAGCAAUAAACCAAAAGGUGCUUGUAUCAUUAAAAAGGAUAGGAGCAGUGCUGAUAUCACUGUUCUACUGGCUUCUGACAAAGGAGAUUGCCAGGGUGAAUGGACUAGUGGAAGUACUCUACCUGCAGCUGCCGACUUGGCUGCGUCUCUGCAGGAUGAAUGUAGAAAGUUGUUCUUGAGUUACGUUGAAAAAUACCUCGACGAACUUGAGCAAAAAAGCUUGUCAAUGCAAUCCGACAGUCAGAUUGCAGCGAUGAUGUAUAAGGUCAAAAUGGUGAAUGACUGCCUGGAUGUGAUUGUGAACAUAGAGGGCAAUCCUCAGGAAGGAGGAAGAGGCGGUUGUGCUUACUUGGAAGACUCUGAAGCUGAAGCUUACCGGAGGGUAAGGAAUAAAAUCUAUGGGAUCCUAUUGAAGCACGUCGAGAGGACUGCCAUGGUUCUCGAACGUUUGAACGGAUCUACGUGAUUAUCAACGAAACCACAAUGCCUAGAUGUCUCUAGAUCAUGAGGUACAGUAAUUAGUUACUCGUACUCAGAGGAUGAAACGAGAUUACAACGUAAACGGAGAAUGUUAUCAACAGAUUGUGCUGGUAAUCUUCUUGGAAGAAACACAUUUCCAUUAAUCUAGGACGUCUGGUGUUGUUUAUGCUGUUGAUUCAUUACCGGGAUAUGUGAUGUACAUAGAAUGUAAGCUAUAUGAUCGUAAUACACUCAAUUACUCGCUGCG